AUGAAGCUCGUCAUCGGAGGGUCCAGUGGCUUUGUUGGCGCGGAGCUCGUCCGCCAAGCUCUGUCAAAUCCAGCCAUCACCUCCGUCGUUGGUCUCAGUCGCCGCGAGACCCCUGUGCCGUCCUCGGACGCCAACGCCGCCAAGCUCAAAUCCAUCGUCGUCGACGACUUCGAGAAGUAUUCUGACAGCGUCAAAAAGGAGCUCGAAGAUGUGGAUGCAUUCAUCUGGACAAUUGCUGUGACGCCCACGAAGUUGAAGACCCUGCCCUGGGAGGAGACGGUCAAGAUCUCAAAGGACUUCGCCAUCACUGCCAUCCAGACCGUGGCGAGCCUCCCCCGCAAGCAGGACCAACCUCUUCGCUUCAUCUACAUGAGCGGCCACUUUGCCCCCCGCGAGCGGACCGAACAGGUCAAGGUUCUAGGCGACCAUGGCAUGAUGGAAUACGGCUAUGUGCGCGGCGAGGCCGAAUCCCGCAUCCUAGCGUUCUCCGAUGAGUCCAGGGGUCUGGUCCAGUCGUGCGUCACCAAGUCCGGCUUCAUCAACGCCCCGGGAAGGGUGGCGCCCAACGUCCCCGGCCUACCCCUGGUCGAGCUGCGGGACAUUGCGGCGGCCAUGCUGGACCAGGUCGUCAACGGGUUUGAGAAGGAUACCCUCUCCAAUGAUGAUCUGGUUCGGAUUGGGAAGAAGGCCCUGGGUGAACAGUAG